GUUCCGCAAAAUAAUAACUGAUCCAGCAGCAGCGGUCAUUCUAGUCACAUAUUUGUUAAUACAAACAUGAACGUUUAUUAUAAAUGUUUUAUAUUGAUGGUCCUGGUGUCCUCUGGGACAUGUACCCUGUCCACGGUUAGAGAUUUGGUCCAGUUUAACGUAGCUGGUCAUCCAGUUCUUCACAAAACCGUAGAAUGGCCCAUUGAUCCCGAAAUUGGCAUCAGGAGAUCCAGACAGUACCAAGAAUUAAACGGUAGGUUGGGUGAAAAAGCCAUUGAACGUUUAGGAUUGGGCAUCGACGGUUUCGACAGAGAACGUCUAGAAGCCCAAAGAGCCCGAGAUGUUGGACAUCUUAAUGGAAUCGAUUAUCUCACUCCUUAAAUAGUGUUUAUUUUUUAUAUUUGUUUUAGUUGUUAA